CAUGCCACCUCGGUUCUCUUCACUCCUUGCAUGGACACUGGACGAGGGGAUGAGGAGAGGGCCCCACGUUAUCCCAGCCCGGGGACGCGGCCGCGCCACGUCGGACACCACACAUCACCCCUCGACGCGAUACGAGGCCACCAGCAGCCGCCGCGGGGGCUGGAGAUCAGGGGAAUCCGAGUGACAUCCAGGGAGUAACUGGAGCGGCGGAGAGCUACAACGGUUCGAUCGACAUGGAGGCCAAGGCCGCCGCCGUGUCCCUCUCGGCGCCGCUGCCCCGGUGCCGCGUCGCCGGCGGCAACGGCCCGCUCGCGUGCUCUGCCUCGGCGCGGAGGUCGCGCAGGUGCGGGUAUCACCAUGGCGCGCCCCUCAGAUCACUCGCUCGCCCCUCCUCCUCUGCUCGCUCCUUCCCCGCCGGCCGCGUCUACGCGAUGGCCGCGGCCGCAACGACGCCGGUGAAGGAGCAGGACCUCGUCUUCGUCGCCGGCGCCACCGGGAAGGUCGGCUCCCGGACCGUAAGGGAGCUCAUCAAGCUGGGCUUCCGCGUCCGCGCGGCCGUCCGGAGCAAGGAGAGAGCGUCGCCCCUCGUGCAGAGCGUGGAGCGGCUGGAGCUCGGCGAAGGGAGCGCCGCGGACUCGAGGCUGGAGCUGGUCGAGUGCGACCUGGAGAAGCAGGGCGAGGCGGGCAUCAAGGCGGCCAUCGGCGACGCGGCGCUCGUGGUGUGCUCCAUCGGCGCCAGCGAGAAGGAGAUCCUCGACGUCACGGGCCCCUACCGCAUCGACUACGUGGCCACCGACAACCUCGUGCGCGCCGCGGCCAAGGCCGGCGUCGAGCACUUCGUCCUGGUCACCUCCCUCGGCACCACCAGAUUCGGCUUCCCCGCCGCCCUCCUCAACUUGUUCUGGGGCGUUCUGUGCUGGAAGAAGAUGGCGGAGGAGGCGCUGGUGGCCAGCGGCGUGCCGUACACGAUCGUGCGGCCGGGGGGCAUGGAGAGGCCGACGGACGCGUACAAGGAGACGCACAACCUGGUGGUGUCGCCGCGGGACACGUACGUCGGCGGCCUGGUGUCCAACCUGCAGGUCGCGGAGCUGAUCGCGUGCGUGGCCAAGAACAGGAGGGCGGCCUACUGCAAGGUGGUGGAGCUCGUGGCCGAGACCACCGCGCCGCUGCUGCCCACGGAGGACCUCCUCGCCAGAGUCCCCUCCGACCCCGGCAGGGCACCGCCCCCGGCGAAGGAGUCGCCUCCCGCAGCAGCGGCGGCACCAGCACCAGUUGCAGCACCUCCAGCACCGUCACCGGCACCGGCACCAGCAGCACCUCCAACACCGGCACCGGCACCACAACCAGCUGCAGCCCCUCCAGCACCGGCGCCGGCACCUGCACCAGCUGCAGCAGCAAAAACAGAGCGGCCGCUCUCGCCAUACGCGGCGUACGAAGGGUUGAAGCCACCAUCUUCCCCAACACCCAGCUUUAGCAGCGGCACCACCGGUCAGGCAGUGAAGGAGUCGCCUCCUGCACCGGCACCGGCACCGGCACCAGCACCAGCUGCUCCGGCUCCUCCUCCUCCUCCUCCGGCCGCUCCCGCUGCUUCUGCAAAGCCACGGCCGCUCUCACCCUACGCGGCGUACGAGGGGCUGAAGCCACCGUCUUCCCCAACACCCAGCAGGAGCGGCAGCAAGAAAAUGGAUGCCGGUGAUUCUCCAUCACCGCCGCCCACUGCCGCCUCUCCGGAUGCAGCAACGAGCACGACCGCCGAGGCUGCAGCCCAGUCGUCCUCGCCGCUGUUGGAUUCCAACCCCAAUGGAGCUCCUCCCACCGCCGCUGCCACUGCUGAUCCAGGGCGCCCACUUUCGCCAUACGCCAGGUACGAAGACCUGAAACCUCCAAGCACGCCAACUCCAUCCGCGCCCAAAGUAUAGAGCGGCCGGCCGGCGGUUACUUCCAUUUACCUUUUCUUUUCCUGCUCGAUCGGCGGCCUCUGUCCGAGUGCGAGCUCAAGGCACGUGUAUACGCCAAUUUUCCUUCUUCGAGAAAUACAAAUGUACACGACGAUGGCAAGAUGCAUAUGUAUAUGCAUGUAUACGAGAAUACCCGCAAACAGCCGACGCCAUGAGACAUGAACUAACCGUUGGCUUGCACUAAAGAGCGUACAACUUAGGUUGUGUACAAUGCAAUGUGCUUGAAUUCUCCA